AUGUUUCUAGCAAAUCAUAUUUAUUUAUGCGUAUGUAUAACACUGAGAGCUUACAGCUAUGUAUCUAUAAAUUUUCACCUCUCAUAUUUUCAGAAAGUUGACGUUUACCUAUCGAAUGAUAUCGCCACCAGUGUAAAGACUGAAGCAGCGACUGUCACAUUGGCUAUGAAAUUAUUUAUAGUGCAAUAUCUGAAGACAUUUAUGAUAUAA